UCUCGCAUGCCGCCGCCGCCGCCUCCUCCGCCGCCGCCCCGGUUCCCCUAAGGCGGGCGAUGGACGGCGGCGGCGCGGAGGCGCCCAGCGCGGUGGCGGCGGCGGCGGCGGCGGCGCUCAACGGCUCGCUCAACGCCUCGUGGCCCGACGACGGCAGCAACCCGUUCGAGCAGCCGGCGUGGCAAGUGGCGCUCUGGGCCGUGGCCUACGCGCUGGUGGUGCUGGUGGCCGUGGUGGGCAACGUGGUGGUGAUGUGGAUCAUCCUGGCGCACAAGAGGAUGCGCACCGUCACCAACUAUUUCCUGGUCAACCUGGCCUUCGCCGAGGCCUCCAUGGCCGCCUUCAACACCUUGGUCAACUUCACCUACGCCGUCCACAACGUCUGGUACUACGGCGCCUUCUACUGCCGCUUCCAGAACUUCUUCCCGGUGGCCGCCGUCUUCGCCAGCAUCUACUCGAUGACGGCCAUCGCCGUGGACAGGUACAUGGCCAUCAUCCGCCCACUGCAACCGAGGCUCUCUGCCACAGCCACCAAAGUGGUCAUCUGUGUCAUCUGGUUACUGGCACUCUUGUUAUCAUUCCCACAAGGUUACUUUUCAAAGACAGUAACGAUGCCAGGCCGGGUGGUUUGUCUAGUAGAGUGGCCAGAAAACUCGACCCACGCCUUUGAAAUCUCGUACCAAGUCUGUGUGACCAUGCUGAGCUACUUCUUACCACUCCUCGUGAUCGGCUAUGCCUACGCGGUGGUUGGCAUCACGCUCUGGGCUAGCGAGAUCCCGGGGGAUUCGUCGGACCGCUACCACGAACAGAUGUCUGCCAAGCGCAAGGUGGUCAAGAUGAUGAUCAUCGUGGUGUGCACCUUUGCCACCUGCUGGCUGCCUUUCCACAUCUACUUCCUCCUGCAGCAUUUUAAUGCCAGCUUGUAUGAGCAAAAGUACAUCCAGCAAAUCUACUUGGCUAUUCUGUGGCUGGCCAUGAGCUCGACCAUGUACAACCCCAUCAUCUACUGCUGUCUCAAUGACAGGUUCCGGAUCGGCUUCAAGCACGCCUUCCGGUGGUGUCCUUUCAUCAGUGCCAGUGAAUACGAAGGGCUGGAAAUGAAGUCCACCCGGUAUCUGCACACCCAAAGCAGCAUGUACAAGGUCAGUCGGAUGGAGACGACAGUCUCGUCUGUCAUUGGCAACCCGGAGGAGGAGCUGGAGGACAGCAGCAAAUCCAAGCGGCUCUCUGUGGACCUGACUUCCAACGGCUCCUCCCGUAGUGACUCCAAAACGGUGUCGGAGAGCCUGAGCUUCUAUUCCAACACCCUUUCCUAGGCAACCCAUCUGCCCCGUGUGGACCAGUCAAGAGCGUAACUCCAUUGGAAGAUCCUGACCUCCGAUUGCAACAGUCACCUCAAAUUCACAUGCCCUGACUUUGCUGAUGAGGGGAGCUCUCCUGCCACUGUGGUGUCUGCUGUGAUGUCCUGUCAGAUUUUGGCCACCCAAAUUAUGAUCUUCACUGACAAGCAGAUUUCGAGAUCCUUGUUGCACGUUGUGAUAGGUACAUUUGUACGGUGCCCUUUCUUAUUCUACAGCUGUGCUGGUGGACAGCCAAAUACAAUCCCUGUGGCUUCAUAGCUCCAACCUUGAACCUGCCUCUUCUUCCCACUGCACCACCCAUGGAAUCUGCCUCUUCUUUCAGGUGCCAUGUCUGUCACUGCUCUUGAGAAAGAAGCGGGCAGAAUGGGCAGUUGCUCCAGCUAAAAACUAGGCAAGGAACAUACCACAUCUUUGCAAACAUUUUUCUUUGAAAGCUGAAGUCUAGCCAAAACAUGAAAUUCAGAAUCCAAACCAGGAAUUUUGACACCGAGAUCUGAGAAAUUGAAUGUGCAACUUUUGUCCCCAUAACCAAUUGGUUCUAAAUCAGCUGCUUCCUUUCUUGUAUUACUCAUGUACAUCCAUGGUUGCUUCUCUUUCCUGCACCAUCUUUCUUUAAUGUUGACUUAGGAAAGACCCACAACAGCUUGUUACGAGUCUGUGUCUACACAUCCUCCUGUUGAGGUGAACCCUGAUUCCUCUGGAAGGUCCCAAAUGGUGUACUGGGAACCAGCUGUGGGGUAUCAUGUUCAGGUUAUGUGUGCAUUUGUGCAUGCAUGUGUGUAUACAUGCACUAGAUCAGAAGCUGGAGGCACAUACAGUCAGGAGCAAAAAUAUUGCUGUCCUUUCAUUCAGUUCCCGGAGUGAGAAAUUGGGGAAGGUGCUGCUUGUAGGAAAUGAGCAUAUUGAGGAGAAAGAUUCAGCUUAGCCUUCUCACUGAUGCUAUUUUUCUGUGACCAAGGAAGCUUUCCCCCCCUAUGAGGAAACAUUCAAAUGUGCACAUGCAACUAUUCUGUUUUAGGCUAUGCCGGAGUCUUCACAGAGGCAGGGGUGCUGGAGUGACAUGCUCGUGUGCCUUGGCAGCUCCAAGGCACAUGAGUCAGGACCUUGGCUAGUGCCGGGCAGGAACACAAGAGCUGGAUAUGGCAAUGUCUAAGGGGCAUUGCUCCAGCAGCUUCUUGGAGCAGACUGCCCAGGCAGAACAAAUUAGCUCCAGCCCUUCCGUAGGAAAAGGGGCUAGGCCCAAUUCCUUAAGUGCUGGUCCAAGUGGUGCUGGGGGCUCUGUUAGGACUGGCUGUUCAUCAGAGAACUCCUCUGCAUCUGAGGACAAAGGUGGGACUGGGUCCUCAGAUCAUGGUGGAGGUGCUGGUUUAGGUUCCCCAGUUCUCCUGGUGUGGGACAUCCCAGCAGCACAGGGCCUCCUGGGGGCUGCCUCAUGAAGUCUUCCCUCCCCAUCUCAUCCCCUGAACAGUUCACCUCAUGAUCCAGUUGUGGUGGUGGUGGUGGUGUGUGUGUGUUGGAUCCGGGAUCAUGACAACAGCCCUCACAGACUUGAAACAUCAAAUGGGGCCAUCCAGAAAAAGCCUUAUCACUUGGUCCUGUUGAUUAUGUUAACUAGCCGCAGCUUCGUGGAGAUCUCCCAUCUGAAUGGCUGGCCCAAGAGGGGCUGCUUAGGUAGUGGUGGGGACACACCUCUGCGCUCAGCCCGGGCUGCCACGCUUCUGCCUGUGGGCAAGACGAAGGGAUGGCUUUCUCGCUGAAGCGGCCGCUUACCAUGAGUGGCGAUUGGCAAGGGGCCAAGAGGAGGCUGUGAUUGCCAAGCAGCGCCAGCACCUGCCUGAGGCUCAUAUGACAGGGAUGGAUGGGAGCUGCCCGUAAUGAGAUCCAGCCGAGCAGGAGCUGAGGAGAAAAGCAGGGCUGUAAAUAAAUAUGGGAUAAGAUCAUUUAACAGGGUGGGAUAUAUUGCGUUGUCUCACCCCAAGAGCGUGGAUGGAAUGUAAAGGGGCAAAGAAUAAUAAUACAUCCCCAGGGAAACCACAGAAGAGCCCGGGGGGGAGAGACAGGAGGGGGGCCCACAGCACCCCCAGUCCCAUCAUGGCCCAUGGUUGCUGAGGGGCAAAGGGCAAGAGGACUCUGUGUCUGGCUCCUUCCAGGGGAAGGGUGGACCAUGCCCUUAAGGACCGUGAGAAAGCUCCCCUGAAGUGACAAAUGGAAACCACCUUCCCCAUAACAUUUAUGCCAAUGGAUCCUCUUGCAAAGUCCCCAUUGCACCCUUGUGGCUUCUGUGAAACCUGCUCUUGUGCGCAGUCUGAUUUGCUGUUGCACGGACAGAGCAACCACAGAAAAAUUUGCGGGUCUAUCUUGCAAAAGAUGCAGCGGACCUGAAUCUGCACAAGGCAAAGCAUUCAGCCCCUGAACCGAUGCUGCGUGCCCAGAAGUUGCACAUCCGUGUGGGCAAAAUGCCCGCCAUGUCCGCUGCAUGUAGCAACUUGGCACCGGGCCCUGGAUGAAGCCUUGCAUGGCUGGAUGGCCUUGCAUGGAUCCACGGUGGACAGAGAAAAGGCAUUGUUGGGACACAGCAAGGGACUGGCAUUGCUAAACACCAUCUGCAGCACCAAAGACCUUAACCGAGGAAUGGAUUGUGGGAUGCUUGCACUAAUGCUGGCGCCGUGUACCUGGCAACAGCCAUAUGCAGGCGCCCUCAGGGCUGGUGAACGCAUGCACGCUCACCCCUCCGGCAUCAAGUGGUUGUUUACAUGUAUGACUCAAACCAGUAGUGGCUCAUCGUAAGGAUCCAGGGGGUGACCAAUGAGGCAACUCGGCUUGCUUCUCUCUCUUCCUGCCCUGGUGUUAAGGGGAGCCAUGCUGCCUGCAGGCUGGCCAUUCAUCAGGUAGUGCUGUGUGGUUAACCGCACAGCUCUACCUGACAAAUGGCCAGCCUGAAGGCAGCAUAACUCUCAGGCGAGGCAGGGGAGAGAGAGGGUCAACCCAAGUAUCCCUCUUGUCCCCCACAUUAGCAUGAGCUGCUACUGACUCAAACUCCACAGGGGAAAUCUUCAUAUAACCUCCACCAAUGCUUUUAUUUCAUUCUGAGCCAUCUUGUGUUAUCAAGCCAUGAGACGUCAAGCAAUGUAACUGUAUUUAUCAACCAACUCUAAGCCGAGAUUCUGUGGGGGGCUGAAGAUGGGGCGGGGAACCAGGAGACAGAGCCCAAGCGUGUGAUCUCUAGUGCAUAGUGUACACAUUUCUGGGCCACUUUCUCUGUGCCUAAGUGUUUUUACUUCUGUUUGUAGCAAGGUAGUCCUAGACUGAUGUUGCUUUUGCUGUGAAAUGAGGAAUACAUUAUCAGCCGUC